AUGUCAGUGCCAGAUGUCAGUACCGCGGAUGUCAGUACCAGAUGUCAGUACCGCGGAUGUCAGUACCAGAUGUCAGUACCGCGGAUGUCAGUGCCAGAUGUCAGUACCGCGGAUGUCAGUGCCAGAUGUCAGUACCGCGGAUGUCAGUGCCAGAUGUCAGUACCGCGGAUGUCAGUGCCAGAUGUCAGUACCGCGGAUGUCAGUGCCAGAUGUCAGUACCGCGGAUGUCAGUGCCAGAUGUCAGUACCGCGGAUGUCAGUGCCAGAUGUCAGUACCGCGGAUGUCAGUGCCAGAUGUCAGUACCGCGGAUGUCAGUGCCAGAUGUCAGUACCGCGGAUGUCAGUGCCAGAUGUCAGUACCGCGGAUGUCAGUGCCAGAUGUCAGUACCGCGGAUGUCAGUGCCAGAUGUCAGUACCGCGGAUGUCAGUGCCAGAUGUCAGUACCGCGGAUGUCAGUGCCAGAUGUCAGUACCGCGGAUGUCAGUGCCAGAUGUCAGUACCGCGGAUGUCAGUGCCAGAUGUCAGUACCGCGGAUGUCAGUGCCAGAUGUCAGUACCGCGGAU